ACAGACGGUGGACACAAUUUCCAGCCGAACCAAACGGAAGAGAACCGGAAGUGCAUCGGAGGCGCGGCUGUUUUGAGACCUGGAAACCGCUUCGAGCCGGGAGAUGGAUCGGUACUUGCUGCUGGUGAUAUGGGGAGAAGGAAAGUUUCCACUGGUGGCCAGUGAGGAAGCAGAGCAUGGACCAGAGGUGUCGUCGAGUGGCUGUAGCGAGAAACAGCCUGAUUUUGCAGCCGCAAAUGUUUAUCACCUCCUAAGAAGAAGCAUUAGUGCUUCCAUCAGCCCCGAGGAUAGUGCUUUCCCUGCCUGUUCAGUGGGCGGCGUUCCUGGCUCCAAGAAGUGGUUCUUUGCCGUGCAGACCGUGUCUGGCUUUUACCAGUUUUGUAGCUCUGAUUGGCAAGAGAUACAUUUUGAUGCAGAAAAAGAUAAGAUUGAAGAUGCCCUUCAAACUAAUAUUCAGGAAUGCUUGAGUGCUGCCGAGUGUUUUGAAGAAGACGACGCUAACAGCAGAGAGUCCUUGAGCUUGGCUGAGCUGUAUGAAGAAUCUGCAGAAAGCUUGCACCAGUUAGCAGACCAGCUUCCUGCCCCCGGUAGAGCAAUGAUAGACGUCAUACUCUUGCCCUCUGACAAAGAGCCGCCUAAGCUGAAGGACUGUUUGCCCGCCAUCGGAGCAUUAAAGCACCUGCGAGACUGGCACUCAGCGAAGGUCACCGUAGCAGGAAAUCACUGUGAAAUAAACUGUCAGAGGAUUGCAGAAUACCUUUCUGCUAAUGUCGUAUCUUUAGAAGAGCUCGGCAACGUGAUCGACUCAAAGGAACUAUGGAGGGGGAAGAUCCAGAUAUGGGAGAGACAGUUUGGAUUUGAAGUUAGUUUUCCUGAAUUUUGUUUGAAGGGCAUCACACCUAAGAAUUUUAGUACAUCUAAUUUGAAUACUUGCUUUCUUGCCAAAAAGAUAACACCAUCAAAGGAUAAAGAUAUUUUGCCAAAGGUUUUCCAUUAUUACGGCCCUGCCUUGCAGUUCGUGCAGAUGCUCGACCUAGCAGCGCUGCCCUCCUGCUACCUGUCCGACGUGGAGUUCGAGCUAGCGCUACAGGACAGCGGCCGGCAGAACUCCGCGGUGCUGCUGGAGCAGAUCUCCUCGCUGUGCGGCAAGGUGGGCGCCCUCUUCGCACUGCCCUGUACGGUCAGCAGCGUGUUCCUCCCGCCGCCCAGCCAGCUCAGCUCGAGGAAGUGGAGGGAGAGCGUGGCCAGGAAGCCCGGGACGCUCGGCGCAGUCCCCGCCGUGGACGUGAAAGGAGAGCGAGCCAGCUACCACCUCCUGGUGCGCGGCCGGGCGCGCGGGCAGUGCCGGGCCACCCUGCUGCACUCGGCCGGCCAGAUCAACGGCGCCGCGGCCCUCAGCGCGCUCCGCGGGGCCAGGACGAUGCCGGCGGGGGCAGCGGACAUCGGGCUGCGCUGUCCGGUGGACCUCACAGCAAUUCCACGUCUCUCGGGGGAGCAGGUCGUGCAGAGGGAGGCACGCCUGGCCGCAGCACAGGCCCUGGUGCUGAGGGGAUGCCUAGAAAGGAGAAAGUUGGCCAAGGAGCCUGCAGCGUUUUCUGCUGAUGAACUCAGAAGUCUGUUAAGGCUCACCAGGGAACGCUUUCUCCGUCAUUUGGAUGCUCUUACUCCUAAAAUGGUUCUAAAACAGGGACAUAAAAUUACAACCUCAGCCAUGUUAAAUGGUGCUGCGCAAGUAGAACCUGACUCUUCGAAUCCAGUGGAAACCAGUUCUUUGGAGUGGCCAGAAAAGCACGUUCUUCAAAAUCUGGAAACUGUUGAAAAGGCUAGCCAAAAAAUAAGAGCCCACUCAUUACCUCGUUCAUCGGAGCAGCUGCUGGGCCAUAAAGAGGGCCCCCGGGAUUCGGUCCCGCUGCUGGACGCGAAGGAACUGCUGAAGCACUUUACCUCCGACGGACUGCCGGUGGGGGAUCUCCAGCCUCUGCCCGUGCAGAAAGGGGGCAAGACCUUUGCUGUGACACCAGAACUUAGUCCUGGGAAACUCCGGGUGUUGCCUUUUGAGAAGGCCUCGGUGUGUCAUUACCACGGGAUUGAAUAUUGCUUGGAUGACCGGAAGUCUUUAGAGAGAGAUGGGGGAUUUUCAGAACUGCAAUCUCGUCUUAUUCGGUACGAAACACAAACGACCUGCACCCGGGACGUUUUUCCCGGGCCGGUGGUGCUCAGCCCGGCUCCGUCACCUGCGGUUCCAGAGCCUGGGAGUGGGCCUGAGGGAGAGGCGCUGCAGAGCGAGCUCGGAACCGAAGCAUCCCGCCUGAAGCGGAGGUCCAGGGACCUGAGCUCCCUUCAGCCCCCAAAAAGGCUUAUGAAACCGGACAGCCCAGAUUCGCUUCUGUCCCGGCCGAGAGGCAGCAGUCGGCGUCCCGCGGUGACAUCAGGGAGGCCGUCGGCCGAGACUCGCCCUUCCAUUCCAGUUCCCAGCCGCACAGCUCCAAAAGUCAUGAAAAGGGCCAGUUCCAGUCAAAGCAGCGCCCACGAGUCACAGCCAGCAAAGCUCACGAAGGAGUCAAGGUCCCAGAAGCACACCCGGAUUCUGCGAGACGUGGUGGCCGAGGCCCUGAGGAGACACCGCAUCACCGAGGCUCACGAGUGCUUCCCUGCCUGCAGCCAGCGGCUCUUUGAGGUCUCCAAGUGCUACCUGAAGGAUCUUAAAACUUCAAGAGGUCUCUUGGAAGAAAUGAAGAAAACAGCAAACAGCAAUGUCAUACAGGUAAUUGAAUGGGUCUUGGAAAAAACAAGCAAGAAAUGAUACCGACUCCUUCUCUUUCGGACAAGAACAAGUCUUGAUGUCACUGUUUACUACUUCAAUCCUUAGCUUGAAAAUGAGAAACAAAUUCAAUUUUUGUCAGGUAAUAGGUGUUAAUAUUUCUGAAGCAUUUUAUAAGUAUCCUUUAUUUACAUAGUUUGGUAAUGUUCAAUUAAUGUAUUUUUAAUUAUGUACAUAUUUUAUACUGUUUACAAUAUUUUAAUUUUUAAAAUAUUUUUUGUUUUAAAAUUUUACUCUUGCCAUGUUAGUUAUUACAAUAAAGAGCACUGUUUGCUGAAA